AUGCAGAGAGUAACAAAAGGUAUCAUUAAAAGAUCAACUACAGCUUCAAAGAAGCUCAUUAAAAAAAGUGCUGCUAAAAGAGUACAGGGCAUACUAGCUCUGUACAACAAUAGAAAUGCAGAACCAAGUCAAAAAAAAGCAUUAAGACCUAGAACGGAGUCCAGCAGAAGUUCAGGGUCUGAGUUUGUCUCCGUGAUUUUAGAUUCAGAUAAUUCUCACCAAAGCUCAGUUAGAGAUGGAGAUAUUCCAAAUGUAAUUCCUUCUUCAAUAGAUCAAAUGAUUAAUAGUGCAAGUACAUCUCAUGAUCAGGCAGUUUCUACUGAAAGUUCUAAUUUCAGUUCACAGUUAGCCAAAUGGUCUGUAGAGGAAAACAUUUCUCUGUCGGCAUUAGGCAAGUUAUUGAAACUGUUAAGAAGUAAUUUUCCUCUUUCUCAACUAAAAAAUUUACCAAAAGACCCUCGGACUUUGUUACAAACACCAAUUAACACCAAUAUUAAGCAAAUGGGAUCUAAUGGUUGUUAUUAUUAUUUUGGAAUACAGGAAAGUGUAACAGAUCUGUUUAACAAAAUUACAAUAAAACUUUCUUUAUCUGAUGAAAUUUCACUUGCUGUCAAUAUUGAUGGGGUUCCUUUAUUUAAAAGUACCAACGAAUCAUUUUGGCCCAUUUUGUGUACCAUUAAAUCUGUAAAACUUUUAGAAAAACUAGUUUUUUGUGUAGGUCUCUAUAAGGGUAGUGGAAAGCCUGAAGCUAAUGAUUUGCUUAAAGAUUUUGUUAAUGAAUGUAUUCAUUUAUAUCAGAAUGGUGUAAUAGUAAAUUCUCAAAUACAUAAAUUUAAUAUUUCCAUGAUUAUAUGUGAUGCACCUGCUAAGGCAUAUAUUCUCUAUGUUAAAAGCCAUUCUGCAUAUUUUUCCUGUACAAAAUGUUCUCUAGAAGGUGACUUUUGUUGUAAUACCUUAUGUUUUCAAGAUUUAGUUUUUCGUAAACGAUCAAAUGAAUCUUUUCGAAACAAAGAACAACCAGAACAUCAUACUGGAAACACAGUGUUAGAAAAUUUGCCAAAUUUUAAUAUGAUUAAUAAUAUUCCAAUUGAUUAUAUGCAUUGCAUAUUGUUAGGUGUAGUAAAAAGGCUCUUAUGUAAUAAAAAAUUUGGAUGGGUUUUUGGUAAACCUCCAAAUAAAUUGCGGGCAUCAGAUAUUUAUUCUAUAAGUAAUCAAUGUUUACUAUUAAAAAAAUUUAUUCCUUGUGAAUUUGCACGUAAACCACGUUCAUUAGUGGAAAGUAAAAGGUUUAAAGCUUCAGAAUUUCGACUUUUAUUACUUUAUACUGGUCCAAUUGUGUUCAAAAAUGUUUUAUCAUCUGAAUCAUACAAUAAUUUCAUAUGUCUUAGUGUAGCAACCCUUAUUCUAGCAAGUAACGAAUUGUAUAAUAUCGAAUCCUAUUUUGAAUAUGCCCAUAAGCUUUUUGAACAUUUUAUAUCUAAUUCCAUUAGAAUUUAUGGUUCUCAUUUUAUAUCUUACAAUGUUCACAAUCUUCUACAUUUGAAUGAUUGUGUAAAACUGUUUGGCCCUCUUGAUAGUUUCAGUGCUUUUCCUUUUGAAAAUUAUAUGCGACAAAUAACAAGGAAAGUCCGUAAGACUAGCAAGCCUCUUCAACAAGUUGUUCGUAGAACUUAUGAAGAAAGGAAUAUAUAUGCUUCAAAAUUAGACUUAAAUGAACACAGAAAGUUUACGAUUGAACAUGAUUCUGGUCCAUUAUUAGUAAAUUGCCAUUCUCCCCAAUUUAAAGUACUGGUCACUGAAAAAUAUCGUUUAAAUGUAGCUAAGAUAUGUGAUCGAUUUGUUGAACUUGAUAAUGGAACAACAAUUGAAAUUAAAAAUUUUGCAACUAAUCAAGGAAAUAUCGUUGUGAUAGGCUUAGUUUGUACAAGAAAAGUAACCGUUACAACAUACAAUCAAAGACAUAAGGAUGAACUUCGUCCUUUCAUAACUGACUUAUACAACAAACAAAAAGAAAAAAGACAGAAAAUAUUAGAAAAACAAAACGAAAGUGCCGAAACCGUACCUGAAAUAGAUCUUACACAAACCCUUUAUAUAUCAGCCUUAACGACUAUAAAAUACACAACCGGAAAUCCUGACGACUCUGACUUAAAUUUACUAAAGACUCACAUUACCGCAAUAGAAGUUAAACAAAAUGAAAUAAUAAAAAAAUUUAAUAAUCAAAUCUCAUUUGGCCAAUCUAUUGAUACGAGAUUCAAUAAACUUUUAGAACAAGUAACUAAAAAUAAUAGAGCCCUUUUACUAGCAAUUAAUAAAUUAUCAGCUGAUUUUGAUGGAUACAUUACCCUACAUAAUGAAAUAAUAAAUCUUCAAAACAUUAACGAAUUUCUUAUGAAACUUAUUCGGACAAUUACCCUUUCACAUUUAAAUUUGUCAAAUAUAGAAUUAUUUACUCUUAAAGAACUCGAGGACUUAAAAGAAAACCUUAUAAAAAUUUACUCAAGAAAUGCCCUACUCGUCGAUGACGAACACCCAUAUGAACUUAUCGAAUCAUCUAAAUCUCUAGUUUGCGUCACACCCAAUACAAUGCUCAUAAUUCUCAAAAUCCCAAUCCUCCACGUUAACGCUUACCCCACCUUUAGAAUUUAUCCUAUCCCUAAUAAUGAUCACAUAAUGGUUUUGCCUCCUGCACACUAUUAUGCCAAUAGCAAAUGGUAUGAAACAUGUACCGGCCAAGCAGAUUACACUAUAUGUGCCAAGUCCGUGAAGUCCAGAUGCCUCAUCCCUAAUGUUCAAAAUUGCACCAAAACAUUGAUCACAGAGAACUUUUCACAGGAAACCCGAAAAGUAAUUUUAUUGGGAAUAGUCCACCCAAUAAUAAUAAAUCAACAAGAAAUCCGAAAAAGCAGCAUCCUGUUGUCAGAUGAACCUAUCGACAUAGAAGGAAUUCACUAUGAUAAGAAAACUAUUCAAGAAAUCGCCAUUCCAGAAGUCAUCCCAAUUAGACUAAUUCCAGAACAUAAAUUAAAAAUUGAAAAAUUGAAUAUUCCAGAAAGCCACGGACAACUCCAACCAAUAGAGCCAAUAGCACUUAUGCCACAAAUUUCAACAGGACUCAGCACUGUCGCCCUUAUCCUUAUAAUUUCUGUUUCAGCCAUCCUUUUUACUAUCGUAGUAAAGAAAAAGAAAAGAAUAUCAAAAAUUCUUUUUGGGCCCAAACUACAACCAGCACAAAUCCAGGUUCUUCAGGAGCUACUCGUAGAGACUUCGAGGACGAAGCCAGGACCAAAGGAGGGAGGAGAAAUGUGA